ACAGUCAUUAUCUAGCCGCGCGCAUCUUCGCACGCGGCUCUUGCGCACCAACUAUAUAAUACUUCGGUGAAAAAUUAUUCAGCGAAUUAAAAUGAAUUUAAUAAGAAGAUUUUCGUAAUAACUAAUAUAACUAUUUUGGAAUGUGUGGUUUACGUGAAGUGAAAUUAAAGUGAUUUUUUUUUGUGUUUAUUACGUGAGAAUCCAAUAAUCAAAAUGAAUUUAAUUUUUUACUUUGGACUGUUUUCACUCAUCAGUUCUACGGAGUCUCAAUUUUCUGAUUAUAAUAUUCUUCAAGAUAUCAUUGAUAUAACUCCAACUGGGAAUAUAGACUUCACUUCUGGCUCAGACGGACAUCCUGCUUACAAAUUUGAAGAAUCGAGCAAUGUGUCAGCUGGGGUUGAAUCUAUUUCUCUACUUGACAAGACACUUUCCAGUCCGUUUAUUAUAAAUAUAAUGUUUAAAUUUGAAAAAGUUGAAUACUCUUGCUUAUUCGCAAUAAUGGACUCAAAGAAAGAAAUAAAACUUAGACUGUGCUUAACACCAAUAGCCCCAGACGCUGUAACAGUUGAUAUUGAUGGCAGCAGUAUAGCAGAGAGUCAAGUAAAUUUUAAUGUUUAUGAAGAUCUUAUUACCAAUUGGAUAAAUAUUUUUCUGAUAUUUGAAGACAAACAGAACAUAUCUCUUUAUGUCAAAUGUGAACACAUCGAUUCGAUUAUGUUAGAAAAAGAAAUGAAAGAUAUUUAUUUCUCCAGUGAUUCACAAAUUUUUAUUGGACAAUCUGGAACGGAAAAGAAAGAUCCUUUCAAGGGGGCCAUUCAAAAACUGGUCAUAUACCUGGAUUCAGAUACAGAGAAAUUGAAUACUUUAUGCAGAGACAUUGAUGGUUACUCGGAAUCUGAGGAUGUUCGUCUUAAAGGUGAUUUGACAUCACCACCCGAAUCUUUCCUAAAUAGUGACACAGUUGAAAAGGGUGAAAAAGGUGACAGAGGUGAAAAGGGCGACAUAGGUGCGCAAGGUAAAAGUGGGAUAGCUGGUGAACCAGGGGAAAAAGGCGACAAAGGUGACAAGGGAGAAAAAGGGGACUUCAUCAAAGGACCGCAAGGAGCUCAGGGUCCAAUAGGACCACAAGGUCCAAUUGGUUUACCUGGCCGUAAAGGAGAGGAAGGAAUAUGUCGCUGUUCGGAAUCUGUGAUAUCAAGUAUUAUUAAAAAAAUGCCAGAAACGAAGGGACCACCCGGUGAACCUGGACCUAGAGGAGCAGACGGUGACAUCGGCAUUCCAGGAAAGACGGGGUUACCUGGAAUGCAAGGUGAGAGAGGUCCAAUGGGUCUUAAAGGAGAUAAAGGUGAACGAGGGGAAGAUGGGCGUUCAGGAUAUGACGGUGCACCAGGGCUCAAAGGAGAGCCAGGUAUAGAUGGUGCUCCUGGACCGGCGGGACCACGAGGUGAAACUGGAUUACCUGGUCCACCAGGACUGGCUUGUGAGCGAGAAGAAGAACCAGAAAAGGUGCCAGUUGUAGGCGAAAAGGGUGAGGUUGGACCGAUUGGACCACCAGGACCACCAGGACUGAGAGGUGAAAAAGGAGAAAAGGGUGAAAUAGGAGAACGUGGAUUAACAGGAGAAAAAGGUGAACGGGGGCACGAUGGUCCGCAAGGUCCACGAGGAGAAAAAGGAGAAACUGGAAGUCCUGGCUUGAACGGAACACCAGGAGUACCAGGGACUCAUGGCAGACCUGCAGAGAAGGGAGACAAAGGUGAUCCUGGUGAAAAGGGUGAAAUAGGUCUACCUGGCAUACCAGCAAAACUUUCUUCCUUAUUAGAUGAUGAUAUGGACGUUACUGAAAACACCAUGUUAGUUGAAAAAUUAAGGGGAUUUAAAGGAGAAGUGGGAAAGACGGGCGAAAAGGGUGAUAAAGGAGACAAGGGAGACAUAGGUCCUUUAGGUACACCUGGCAUAGAAGGUCGGCAAGGUCAUCCAGGAGAAAAGGGUAAUCCAGGUGAAAAAGGCAAUGUUGGUGCCAUGGGACCAAAAGGUUUUAAGGGAGAAAAGGGUGAAAUUGGACCGCCUGGAACGGUAUCUCAGUCUACCUUAAACCGUAUGAAGGGUCCCAAAGGUGACCGAGGGCCAAUAGGAAAGAGUGGGCCCCGUGGAGCACCUGGGCACAAUGGAAAAAGAGGUCCUAUUGGUUUACCAGGUCAAAAAGGUGAAAAGGGUGUUGUCGGUGCUCCAGGAGCUCUGGGUCCUGUAGGUCCAGUAGGAGCGACUGGUGCAAAAGGAGAAAAAGGUGAAAAGGGAGAAAUACCAGAAAUAGCCCUGGAAAAGAUAAAAGGCGAAAAGGGUGAAAGAGGUGCAGCAGGAAUGCCAGGAGAGCCUGGGAAAAUGGGGCCGCCUGGUCCAUGUGAGACGACUGACAACAGUUUGCCAAUACCAGGACCUCCCGGUCCGCCAGGUCCACCUGGUCCGCCUGGUGUUUCUGUGACCGGUCCUAAAGGAGAACCUGGAGGAGUUAUUUCUCAGAAAAUGUUUUAUGCAUUCAGUGAAAAUGCAGUUGAUUCAGAUGAUGAAGAAGAUUUUUAUACCUCGGCGACAAUGAUAUAUAAAACUUCAACAGCCCUUAUCAAGAGAACAAGUUCGACCCCUUUGGGAACUUUGGCCUAUGUUUUACAAGAAAAGUUACUCCUUUUAAGAGUUGAGCGAGGUUGGCAGUAUGUGGUGAUGGGUUCCUUAUUUGAGGAGAAAGAGCAGAAACCGAAGAAUUUUGUGGCUAAGCUUACAGAUAGUAGGGAACAGGGACGAAAAAACUUUAUUCGGCUAGCUGCACUCGAUGAGCCUUAUUCUGGUAAAAUGGAGACUGCUACAAACCGUACCGGACGCAAAACAGUAGAUCAAGAAUGCCACAUACAGUCCCAAAAAGCAGGUCUUACCGGCACAUUUGCAGCAUUUCUUGCAAACAAAGUCGAAGAUUUAAAGUCGAUAUUAAAAACCAAAGAUAAAGACGUUGCUGUGUACAAUAUACAUCAGGAACUUCUCUUUGACUCGUGGACGGAUAUGUUUAAUGAAUCGGGAAUCACGACCAUCAAAUCAGAUAUUUAUAGUUUUAGCGGUAAAAAUGUACUUAUUGAUCCUACCUGGCCUCAAAAAGCUAUAUGGCAUGGCAGUAACUCAUUAGGCGUCCGCUUGCCGAAUUCGUUUUGCGAAGAAUGGCAAAGUGAUAGCCCUAAACACUUUGGAACAGCAACUUACAUUUUUGACAAAAAACUGUUUACACAAGAAAAAUACACGUGUAACAACAAGUUGAUUGUGUUAUGUGUUGAAGUAAGGCCUAAUAUGAUAAGGAAACAGAGACAUACCUCAAGACGGCACAGUCCUUAUCCUCGGUUAAAUUCUAGGUUAAGUGGUUGAAAUAAUUGUGACAAUUGUUAACUAAGUAUUAUCGUUUAGUAUAAAAAAAUGUGUCCAAGGAGCGAUAUUAUCAUUUCAAAAUGUAUGAUUUGGACAAAAAGUGAAUGCUGGUGGUUUUGUAUGUGAAUAAUGACAUUCUCAAAUCUAUUCGUCAUCAUCAAUAUUACAUCCCAUCUAAAAUUCACUGCCGAACAUAAGCUUAUCACAAGCAAUGCCACAGAGCACGCUAGCUACCUGCAUCCAUCAAUAGUUGUAUGUUGUAGUAGAAUUCUGAACUGAACCAUCGACUUAUAUUCAGAAAUUUAGAUGAGAGUUUAAUUGAUUUUACAUUUAUUUACAUAUUAUAUAAUACAUAAUAUAUAAUGUACAUAAUAUACAAUAUUUUGUUAUACACAAUAUUAACACUAUAAUAAAAGAAACUAAAACUAGUAACUUAAUUACCAUACAGUCCCACCCCCCACGGUAUCGUGCCAAGAACGCUGGCUGCAUUUCCCCGUUGAAUAGCUAUACUUAGCCUUGUAGCGAGAAAAGAACCAGCCCUCAACACCAGCAGCAACGACCAGUCUCGGAUAGAGUUCUUUUAGGAACUUCACCGAACGUGGACACCACGGACCGAUAGUCUCUACAUCAAAUGCCAUAAAUAUGUAGUCAUCUUUCAGAGACUUAUAUUUGCGCCACUUACUCAUUUCAGUUGCCUCUGAUGUCGCUUUGGCUCUAAGCGAGGUAUCUCUGAGAUGAGAGGCCGCCAAAAUGUCUACGCAAGUAGCAUCCCACACUAGGGCCUUACCUCUCUCCCAAGGGACCAUUGACAUACCGUCGGGUCUCUUGCCAUAGUCUCUGAAUAUUCCACAAGCUCUAAAACCGAGGAAAUAUUUAUAGAGACAAGAACCCUUUGGAUGACUUCGUUCAGAGAUCCGGGCCGUGAAAACCUACCACCACUUUUCUUACAUGAAAGUCCGCCGAAACCAAGCAUAUCGACGCUGCUACCAUAGAGGCACUGACGGGGUUGGCAAAUCGCCGCUCCUAGUCGGAUUCCCACGGAGAUGCGCAAGCUUUCCUAAUCAAGUAAUGUGCCGAGAUUACUUGAUGGUAAAGCAUGUAACAAGUGACUAGAUUCCUUAGUCGAAACAGCUAGAAGGCGUGUCUGUUCUUGGUCGCUAUGGAAAUUAUGAAACAAAUCUUUCUGCACGAUCUGUACCAAUGGAAUAUCCCACUGUUUUUAUUGGUUAAUUUCCAGUGGAACAUUCUCGCCGGAACAGAGCGUUCGCAUGUCUGCACUGCCUCCUUAAUAUUAUGUUACAUAAGUCAAUUGACACUAUGCACCGAAGCAAGGAAAGCAGGCAAUGCAACGCUAGAAAGAUUUCUCACACCGAUACCACCAAAUUUUAUAGUUAAAGUAGCUUGAGUCCAGGCUGUUGUAUUUAAAGUUAAAUUUAGAAUUUUUUCUAUAGCUAUUUUAAGAUAAUUUUCAAUGCCUUUUAAAAUAUCCAAACAUUUCCAGACCGGACUCGAGCGAAGUAAGUAUAUAAAUCUAAGUACAAGGAGUAAGAGAAGAGCAAUGUGGGGUUUUAAGUUAUACAAUUUAUCGAAAUUUCAAAUGAUAAAUUUUAUUAUUAAAACAGGUUUAAUACUAUCGAAAAACAACGGGACACCUAGUGGGUAUAACUAUUCCGUAUUGACAGUUUUUAUUCCUGGAGAAAUAUAAUUGAAAUUUUGAAUUAAAGUGUCUCUGUUAGAAUUAGAUAAAUUAUUGGAAAAAUAUUUCACAUUUAUUGCUAUUUAGUUCAUAACCAAUAUUUUUAAAAUUUCGAAAAAUAUGAGUAAGAUCACUGAGUACGUCAUCUGCUCUACCUCCCAGUGUACCGUCGUCAUUUCAGUUAGAUGAAAGUUCAGUCAGAUGAGAAUAAUUAUAUUUAUUAAUGUACCUAUAUAUAUAUUCAUAAAAAAUACUAUUAAGAAUCACGGAAAUCAAUACACAGAUAAAUUGUUGUAAUGCAUAGAUAUUGCUUAUGUACUAAACCUUCCAUAAGAUAUUAAAUUGUAUGUUUCAUGUUUUUUUUUUAUAAUUAAAAUUGACAGAACUAAAAUAAUAUGUAGUACAUAAUUAAAGCUUAUUAAAGAAAUUAAUUGUUAUCUAAAUAUUCUUUCAAAUAAUUAAGUUUUAUUCUUGUAUAAUUUUUUUAACAUUAAUUCCGCUGCUAUUUGCUUUUCGAAAACUGUUUAUUAUAAGAAUAAAUUCAUAUAACACUAAGCAAAAAAAUUGUAAUCUGUUAAAUGUAGGUAAUACUUCCUUUUAAAUAUUUACUAUCAAAAGUAAAAUGUUGUACAAAAGUAAGCAUUGUUUAAAAUGUAAUGAAUUUAGGCUGCGUAAGAAAUAAACUCCUUCAUGUAACAUAGUAUGUGCCAUAAAAAGUACUUUUAAUUUUGUAAUUUAUUUAUAAAAAAAGUGAAAUAAAUGAAUAUGUUCUC